AUGACAAAGUCGAGUGAAAAUAUCAGAGCAUACGGAGCCUGUGGAGCCUAUGGAGCCUGUGGAGCCUAUGGGGCCUGUGGAGCCUAUGGAUCCUAUGGAUCCUAUGAAGCCUAUGGAGCCUGUGGAGCCUAUGGAGCCUGUGGAGCCUAUGGAGCCUGUGGAGCCUAUGGAGCCUGUGGAGCCUAUGGAGCCUAUGGAGCCUAUGGAGCCUAUGGAGCCUAUGGAGCCUGUGGAGCCUAUGAAGCAGAA